UUGCUUCCGGUUGAGAAGAAAACAUUUAUUUUCUUUCCUGAAGCCGUAGAGCUGCGACUGAAGUUUAGAUUAGUGAUCAUUGUUGAAGUUGCGUACGGAGCUGAUUUCCAUUUUCAUGUGUUUUGAGAAGACUAGUAUUUUCCUGCCUAUACGGGUGACGAUGCCACCAUCAUGGCGAAGGGCGUGAACAGUGCCGUUCGGAGUGUGCCAGUUGUGCUGGUGUGUCUGGGCGCACUACUAUUCGCCAACGUCCUUAUCUACAUUUACAUCGAGUCCCUGUACCAGAUCAGUGAGACUCACGUGUCUCCGCAUGGUGUCUGUCCGCCUAGACACUUCAAAAUGGGAACCAUGAAGAAUUGCUCUCCCUGGCUGCAGUGCCCCUCCGUGCGCACAGAGGUGCGCAAGUUAAAGAUGAUUGGCCAGGGAGCCGUGAAGCAGGUCUUCCUGUCUGAAUGGAAAGGCCACAAAGUGGCAGUGUCCAAGCUGUCUACCCCAGAGUACAGAGAGGACUUUCUGCAUGGGCUGGCCAUGCUGCAGGCACUGCAAGGCCCCCACGUGGUGCUCCUGGUUGGCCUCUGUGUGGAAGACCACACUUUUGUCACCGAGUACCAUCCGCUGGGCUCUCUGCUCAACCUGGACUCGGUGCUGGAGCAGGAGAAGUACCGCAAGCUGGACACCUGGCAGACCCGUCUGCGCCUGGCCCUGGAGUACGUCUCGGCCCUCCACUACCUCCACAACAGCCCCGCCGGCACCCGCGUCAUGUGCGACUCCAAUGACCUGGGCAAGACCCUCUCCCAGUUCCUGCUGACCAGCGACUUCCACCUGGUGGCCAACGAUCUGGACGCCCUGCCGGCAGUGGACAGGGCCCGGGGCGGGCUGGUCAAGUGCGGCGGCCGGGAGCUGCAGGGCGACUUUGUGGCCCCCGAGCAGCUGUGGCCCCGCGGCGAGGGCGUCCCCUUCUCGGACGAGCUCAUGCUCGGGUACGACGAGAAGACGGACGUGUGGAAGAUUCCGGACGUGGCGCAAUUCCUGCUGGGGCGGGUGCCCGGCGGCGACGUGGCCCACUUCCACCUCUUCCAGAUCCACGGCGAGUGCAAGCGGAAGGACCCAGCCAGCCGCCCCUCCGCCCGGGACGUCCUGGGCGUGUACAGGACGGUCUACGCCAACAUGAUGAAGGAUAACCCCAGCCCAGGCUCCAGAGACAUGCUAUGAAAACCCCCCACCCCUCUCCUCUCCCUUUCCCCUUGCAAUGUGAACUUGCCUGUACUGGGAUGUGACUGACCCGAGUCGUCUAAAUUAAAGGACUUCAUUAUUUGUCA